UUUUUUUUUAAUAUAUACCAAUAAUGCUGGAUAUGAACACACCCGAACACACAGCAUACGCACCUAACAACCAAUAUGAACUGCCUACACAAGGCCCACAAGGUGUACAAGGUGCACAAGGUGCACAAGUGGCCAACCCAGUAUACGAUAACAACGUGAAUACCCAACUUCCUAUCAGCGAAAGCGAAUCAAUCUGCAAUGGUUCUCUUGAUGAAAGUAGUUUAUCACAAUCAGGAAAAGGACACAAGAUUAAAAACUCGGUCAAAUUGAACGACACGCCUACUGAGGGAAGACCCAGCACUUACUUAUUCAUCUUUGUGAAUCCACUUUCGGGAGAUAGAAAAGGCAGCGAUUUGGUCUCUUUAUCGAUCCAGCACUUUCGAUUACGUAAGUUCCCACAAGUUCAGGUAGAGAUUCACAAUAUUUUGGAUGAUGAGGAUCGUGCAAACGGUGUCAAAAAUAUUCAAUUGGUGGAAGAAAAAGUAAAUCUCGGUCAAGUCCCACCCAAUCCUAUCUCGGUAGACGACAGUAGCUCUAAUUCAAAUACCAGCAAAGUGGAAAAAGGUGUCCUGUCUGAGGCUGUGCAAACCAGACAAAUUCAUGUUUGGAGUGCUGGUGGUGAUGGAACCGUUAUGUCAGUUUUUGAACUCCUCGUGGCCCACAAGAUUAAUCUCGAUCUGGUUUUCUUCUCUUGUAUUCCAUUUGGUACAGGUAAUGAUUUCAGUCAAGUUCUUGGUUGGGGUCGUACCCUUCCUGACAAGAACAUUUUGGGCCAGAAGUUACAAAAUUUGGAAGAUUUGAUAUCAGAUAGACUGGAGAAAUCAGAAGCUGCGCGAUUGGAUAUUUGGCAAAUCAAAAUGACCUCGUAUCCAGAGGGUUUUGUACGCCAAGCAGGUCCUAAAGAAAGAAAGGAUGGUCAUGAUGUAGCUGAAGUAAAGGAGCCCAAAGAUAAAGACCAAACAACUCUGAUCAGAAAGAUGAGUAACUAUAUGUCCAUUGGUGUUCAGGGAUUCGUAGGGAGUGGCUUUGAAGCACAUCGCGCAGGAAAUAGAUUGGCUAAUAUGUUUGUCUAUGCUCAUGAAAGUUCAAAAUGGGUAUUUUGGAGAAGAUUCCCGGACCUAACUCGAUUUAUCAAAAAUUUGACUCAAGACGGAAAAAUCUUACUUGAUUGCCCUACUCCAGAUGAGAAAAACCGCAACAAGCGUGCUUCAACUUGCAGUGCUACAGGCGCACCUGAAAUGCGUAACGACCCAAUUGAUUUCGUAAUCCAAAACAUUCCUCAUAUCUGGGGUCGUGAAGUUGAUCUUUGGGGUGAAGCUACUUCUGGUUUGGAGUCUGUAGCCAAUCGAUCUGGUAAUACUGACCCAGAAAAUUGGGUGCCUCAGCGUGCUAAUGAUGGCAAACUCGAAGUGAUGACGAUUGAAAACAUGACGAGUUAUUUAAAGAAGUUGGCUAAUAUUCGUGAUCAUGUCUCUCGUAUCGGACAAUUCGACUCACCCUUUGAAAUUAAUUUUCGUGAACCUGCUGAACAUCAACGGGAGUUAGAAAAAGCACAAUCUGCUUCUGCGUGGGAGAAAGCAAAGGCAUUCAUGAAGGACAGAACAAGACACAAGUAUGAAAAAGACAACGUUAUUUGCAUCAUGUGUGAUGGCGAGUUUUAUGAAAUCAAGGAUCCAAAAACGAUUGGAUUUGUUCGGUUUGCUCAAAUUUGGACACUCGGAAGAAACGACGAGCAGAACCAAGGUAGACUGGUUGCUGAUGAAUUAAAUGCUCAAGAUGAUAACUUGUAAAAAAAGACGCGCGCACAAACAAAAACAAAAAUCUUACGUUCUACUAUAUCCCUUUUACAUUGUAUUUCUUUAAAAUUUCUGUAAUACGUAAUACCUACAUCAAUUCUUACUGGUUUCCAUCGACUUUUAUAAUCUAUACACUUUAUCUUUAAUCACAUCUCUAAAAUAAACUGCGUUAAGCAAAUUCCAAUGUUCAGUACUUGUGAUUUUUGGCACAUGUCAAUCAUCGUAGGCCUGAAAUCGACUAGCUUG